GCCCGCGUGAACCAAUCCAGUACUCGAGUGUAAGGAUGCGCUUUGUACGUGUUGACGUCACUCCGUUGUCAUCAGCGCCAUAUUGAUUGAUGACGCAUUCGUCUCUCCCGCCUGCGGCCUGCGUGUACUGAGGGGACCGUCUUAUGACGCUUUACAAUAAUGUUCAAUAAAUCUUUUGGCACGCCCUUCGGAGGCGGCUCAGGAGCGUUUGGAGCAACAUCAACUUUUGGGCAAACGCCUGGUUUUGGAACGUCGACCGCCACCGGUUUUGGGAGUUCAACCUUUGGCACCACCAACAACAGCGGCGGCUUGUUUGGAGCCACCCAGAAUAAACCAGGUGGGCUCUUCGGGACGGGAACCUUCAGCCAGCCAGCUACCUCCUCUACAAACACAGGAUUCGGCUUUGGGACCUCAACUGGUACAACCAACUCUUUAUUUGGGGCCACGAACACAGGGGGCGGCCUCUUCUCCUCUCAGAACAAUGCGUUCGGUCAGACGAAGCCUUCAACAUUCAGCGGUUUUGGGACUGCGACAAACAGCACAAGCCUCUUUGGCAACACAAACACCACGGCGAACCCUUUUGGAGGAACGUCCAGCACCCUCUUCGGAACGUCUACGUUCUCUGCGGCUCCGACUGGAACCACCAUCAAGUUCAAUGCUCCUUCUGGAACAGACACUAUGGCGAAGGGCGGUGUGACGACCAACAUCAGCACCAAGCACCAGUGUAUCACCGCCAUGAAGGAGUAUGAGAGCAAGUCUCUGGAGGAACUGCGUUUAGAAGACUAUCAGGCCAACAGGAAGGGCCCACAGAACCCAGUUGGAGCAGCCACUGCUACAGGCCUGUUUGGCCCGGCCACAGCCACAUCCAGCGCCACCACCGGCCUCUUUGGGACGACUCCGUCCAGCAGCAGCUUUUCAUUUGGCAAUAAAAAUGCCUUUGGACAGACAGGUGCUAACACGUUUGGCGCAAACACAGGCGGUCUGUUCGGCCAGCCCGCCGCCCAGCCGGCCACUAGCUUGUUCAAUAAACCCUUCGGCCCAGCAACGACCACACAGAACACCGGCUUCUCCUUUGGAAACACAAACACCCUGGGUCAGCCGCAGACCAGCACUAUGGGUCUCUUCGGAAACACUCAGGCCACUCAGUCCACCGGCCUCUUCGGCACGUCCACUAACACCAACGCAGGCUCGGCAUUUGGAGCAGGGAGCAGCUUAUUUGGACAGACCAGCAAUACGCCGUUCGGGGGUGUCGGGAGUUCGACCUUGUUCAAUAACAAACCCACCGGCUUUGGGACGACCACCACAAGCGCCCCGGCAUUUGGCACUGGAUCUGGAGGACUGUUUGGUUUUGGAGCCAAUAAUACGGGCAGCAGUCUCUUUGGCAACAAGGCGGCACCAGGGACAUUGGGGCCUGGCCUCGGCACCGGCUUUGGACAAGGUCUGAAUACCGGCCAGACGUCACUAUUCGGAAACAAUCAGCCCAAACUGGGGGGCACACUUGGCACUGGCACUUUUGGUUCCGCUGGAUUUAACACAACAAACACCGGUCUAGGAUUCGGGGGUCCUCAAGCUCCUGUUGCGCUGACUGAUCCCAAUGCGUCGGCCGCCCAGCAGUUGGUUCUCCAGCAGCAGCUCACAGCCCUGGCCUACUCUCCGUACGGGGAUUCGCCUCUAUUCAGGAACCCGAUCUCAGACCCGAAGAAGAAAGAGGAGCGCCUAAAGCCGACCAACCCGGCAGCACAGAAAGCCCUCACCACCCCGACACACUAUAAGCUCACCCCACGUCCGGCCACUAAGGUGCGGCCCAAAGCGCUGCAGACCUCAGGGACGGCAAAAACCCAGCUGUUUGAUGGUCUGGAUGAGGACGAGCCCUCUCUGUCCAGCGGAGCCUUCAUGCCCAGGAAAAGCAUAAAGAAAUUGGUAUUAAAGAACCUGAAUAUCAGCAAUUUGGCGUCCCCAUCACGUAGCGAGCAGGACGAGGCGCUGUCCCCAGCCCAGUACCCGGAGAAUGAUGACAGAUCCAAUGAGAGGAACCACUGUGACGUGGAUGGCGGACCCGAUGAAGAAGUCUCCGGAUUCUACCCACCGCCUCCUCUCUCUAAACAGCUGCCUCAGAGCCAGGAGAAGAAGCGUCUGAACAAUAUGGAUGACACCAUUGUGGCGCUGAACAUGCGCAGUGCUCUGAGGAACAGUCUGGACGGCAGUGCGGAGGAGAGCUCCUUGACAGAGGAGGAGGUCCUCCAUGACAUGCCCCCCCACCCCGCAGGCAUCGUACUUACCAGAGAAGGUUACUACACCAUCCCCUCCAUGGAGGAGCUGGCCAAGAUGACAGAGGAGGACGGGAGGUGCGUUGUAGAUGGCUUCACGAUCGGCCGUAGAGGUUAUGGCUCGAUCUAUUUUGAAGGACCAGUCGACUUAACUAACCUGAACUUGGAUGAGAUCGUCCAUGUCCGGAACAAGGAGGUGAUCGUGUACACGGAUGAUGGAAACAAGCCGCCUGUGGGGGAAGGGCUCAACAGGCCUGCGGAGGUGACCCUGAAUGAAGUGUGGCCCAUCGACAAGACCACCCGAGCCUUGAUAAAGAGCCCGGAGCGGCUGGAGGAGAUGAACUACAAGAACAAGUUGGAAGCCGCCUCCAGGAAACAAGGAGCCCAGUUUAAGGAGUAUCGUCCGGAGACGGGGUCCUGGGUGUUCAAGGUGAAACACUUCUCCAAGUACGGCCUACAAGACUCUGACGACGAGGAGGAGGACGCCGCAUCCACCGCCGAAUCGAAGAAGAUGAAAGCAGCCGCCCUCCCCCCUGCCGGACAGCAGCCGCCCCCACCGCUGACCCUGCCCAAUGGGAGACCCACCCCUCCGCCUCAGAGCCCGGCUGACGAUGCGCUGGGGCGGAUGCUGGAGCUGGACAGUGACAUGGCCGACAUCACCCAGGAGCCUCUGGUGGACUCAGCCACUGAAGACCGCAACGUUAUGGAGGAGCAGGAGCCGGUGUCUGCGUCAUCACACAUCGCAUCAUCUCUGGGGGUCAACCCUCACGCCCUACAGGUGAUGAAGGCUUCUCUCUUACUGGAGGAUGAGGGCGGUGACCUCCUCACCCAUCUCGCCCACUUCCCAUCUGCCCUGGACGCCUCUCACAUCAGGUCACCCGGGAGGUUUAUGUCUUCGGCGCAGUCGCCCAGCGGCGGUCUGCUGCAGUCCAGGUUUUCAGGACCCACCGCUCUGAAGCACAAGGAUUCUCCUCUCUCCUCUCAGAGCCCCAAGCUCCCCCCCUCCUCCUCGGCUCUGUGGCCCCCUCUGGGACCCCUCGCUUCUGCCUUCAAGAUGCCAUCCCCCGCCCCCGAGGUGCAGCCGAGGGCUGUGGGGACCUUCAGACAGCAGGGUCCGGUGCCUCUGGACAAGUCCAUGUCUGCAGGGAGGGGGAAGCUGCUGAUGGACAUGGCGCUCUUCAUGGGGCGCUCCUUCUCUGUAGGCUGGGGCCCCAACUGGACGCUGGCCCAUAGUGGAGACCUGCUGAGCGGCUCCACAGAGAGGGACGAGACAGACGACGAGGACGCCAUGGACUACAGAUUCCUGCACCAACCGGUGUCUGCUAAAUCUCUUACAGAGAGCCCCUUUAAGGUUUACUUGGAGAAGCUGAGUCUAGAACAGAAGAGCCAAGAUCUGCAGUCCUACCUGAUCCCCUUGGAAAUUGCCCUGAAGAACAGUACGGUGCAGAGGGAGCGGUGCCCACGGCUCGUGCCUAACCCUGGGAACUCCGCCAUCCACGACUAUGCAGGAUGGGCCAGCGAGUUCUGCCAGGAGUCUACACAGACUGAACCGGUUGUGAAGCAGUGGUGUCUGACGUGGACCCUCUGUAAGGCCCUGUGGGGUCAGCUGCGGGAGCUGGAGACCAGUCUGGACGAGGUGAAUGAGUACGUGGAGCGGCUGCAGCGCAGGAAGGCUUUCUCUCAUUGGCUGGCUGAAACCGCGGCAGAACGCAUAGAAGAGGAGGUGGCGCUUCACCGCCAUGAGCGGCCCAUCGACGCAGUGUUCAGCUUCCUGACCGGCUGUCGGAUCAGUGAGGCGUGUCGGCUGGCGCAGAAAUCCAGUGACCACCGUCUGGCCAUGUUGCUCUCUCAGUUGGUCGGCAGUCAGCAGGUUGUGGAGCUCAAUCUAAUGCAGCUGGUGGACUGGAAGAAUCUGCAGGUGGACACGUUCAUCCAGGAGGAGCGGCUGAAGGUCUACGCCUUGUUGUCCGCCACCCCGGUGUGGCAGUCAUCAGAUAAGAGCAUUAAUGUCUGCUCGGAGCUGGAUUGGAAGCGGGCACUGGCUAUUCACCUCUGGUACAUGCUGCCGCCCACCGCCUCAAUCUCCCAGGCGCUGCAGCAGUAUGAGAACGCCUUUAAGGAGUCAGAUGAGGGCACCCGCUACGCUGCUUACCCACUGCCCGCCUACUUAGAAGGACAUGGCCUCCGCCUGGAAACCAUUGACGCAGAUACGUCCGCUAUAACUAGAGACGUCUGCUUCCACCUCCUGAAGCUCUACAGCGACAGGUGUUAUGAUCUUCGUCAGCUCUUGGACCCCAGAAGUGUGACCCCCGACCCCCUGGACUAUCGCCUGAGCUGGCAUCUGUGGACGGUCCUGCAGUCAUUGAAUUACACGCACCUCUCACAGCAGAGCCAGGGAAUCCUGCACGCCAGCUAUGCCGAGCAGCUGGAGACCGGGGGGCUGUGGGAGUGGGCCGUAUUUGUCAUGCUUCACAUCCCUAAUGACAUUGUUCGGGAGACGUCUGUGCGGGAGCUGCUGACCAGACACUGUGACCUGAGGGAGACCCCCGAGACCCUAACAAAGGAGAAGUUCCUUAUAGAGAAGCUCCACAUCCCAGCAGAAUGGAUUUAUGAAGCCAAAGCCAUCCGGGCCAGAAUGGAGGGAGACCACCACAGGGAGGCGCUCUACCUACUACGGUCCGGACAUUGGAACCAGUGCCACAAGCUGGUGUGCCGGCAUCUGGCCUCAGACGCAAUUAUCAACGAGAACUACCAGUAUCUGCGCAGCUUCCUGGACGUGCUGUCCCGGCCCGAGAACUGUGUGCACAUCCAGGGCUGGGACACGGCCGGACAGGUCUACAUGGACUACAUCAGCAUCAUAGAGACCCUCAACCACAUCCGACAGAAUGAAUCUUCUGGCUGUGAGCUGGAGCGACUGCACACCAAGGUGACGUUUGUCUGUAACCGGGUCGACCAAAUCCACUGCCACAACUCCAAAGAUCGCCUGGCGCAGUCCGAAAUGGCGAAGCGCGUGGCGAACAUCCUCCGCGUGGUCUUGCGUUUACAGCACUGUCCUGAAUCGGACGACACGGACGUCCAGCGCGUCCCCCUCAGACUGCUCGCCCCCCACAUCGGACGCCUGCCCAUGCCCGAGGACUACGCCUUAGAGGAGCUGCACAGCCUCACCCAGUCUUAUCUACGAGAACUCACCGUAGGCGGCCAAUAGACUCUUCUACAGCAGACAACAUGGCCGCCGCCGUAGAUAUCCGAACUCUCAUCACAGGAGCAGGGCGCAGUCCUGCACAGGAGCCGCCAUCAUCCCAGGUUAGGGAGAAGGGGGAGUGAUCUGGCUGGUCACAUGUCUAUUACACUCCCCCUUUUUGUAUAGAAUCUUCAUAUGUAUAAAGUUAACCCCUUGGGGUCUGGGAGGAUUCGCUGGCGCGGGAUUAGUUGCCAUCAGUGUUUAAAAAAAAUAAUAAUAAUUUGCCAAAGUUGUGGUUGUGGCGGCGGCGUCGGUCCUGGUAUGUAGACGUGGAGAUGUCGGAGUCUCGUUUUAUGAAUUAUGUUUUAGGGGGCGUGUCGGGGUCCUCUCUCCAGGGAGGAUGGUUUCCCCCCUCCCCCCCCCCCCUGAACAGAUCAUUGGGAAGUUCUCGUUAUAAAAGAUGAUUAAAUAGAUUUUUCUCUACGUCUGUGUCCGGGGCGGCAGGCGUCAGUGUACAGUCCAGUGGCGCCCCCCAGGGGCUGUGUGCGUGUGUAGGGCGUGAGCGCCGUCCGCUUGUAUCCGAGUGUUUUUUCUGCAUGUAUCUGGUGACGUGGUUUUUAUUCAGAGCUUAUACAGAGGCAGAACCAUUAAUAAAUAUUCUAGAUUUUUUUUCUUUCUUGAGAUAUUUUUAAUAAAAACUUUACAACUUG